CAUAUGUAUUUGAAAAAAGGAAAUUAUGUGCAGAUUAUAAUAAAUAGAACAUGUGUCAAAAAAUAAAGUAGUAUUUAUUUUUUGUUAAAUUUAAAUAGAUAUUUUGAAAAUUUAAAAAUUAUAUACAUAUAUGAAAAUGGAAUGGAGUAAAUGGUGUCGGCUAUGUGCAAAAGACGAUGGAACUUAUAUCAAUAUUUUCAUAAAAAAUGAAAAUCAGUUUAAUGUAGCAGAUGCUGUUAAACGAUUUUUCUCUAUUGAGAUUAUAAAUACAGAAGAACUUUCAAAUAAUAUUUGCUCACUUUGUAGCGAUUACAUAUGGUCACUAAAUAACUACGCUGCAAAAAUUUACAAGGUGCAACAAUUAUUUCUUGAAAUUAAAUCAAACUUGAAAAUUGGAAAUAAAAUUCAUCCCAAUGAGCUUCGAGUAAAAUAUGAACUUCAAACACGGUCACCUCAUACCAAAAAAGAUAUUCAAAUUGAUACAGAAUUUGGGAAAACAUCAAAACUAAACUUAUUCGAAACUCAAGCGUAUUUGAAAACUGAAAUCUGUCGAAAACAAGUAUCUGUUGAUUCAAACGUUUUAGAAAAUCAUGAUUUUGGAAUAUUAGAAACAAACACACCGAAUUGUUUUAGUAUAAAAAUUGAAAAUUCUGAUUUAAAAGCGUUAGCAGAAAAAAAUUAUCCCGUUCACCAGGCUUCGGUGCCUUUAUCGAAUUUCGAAGAUUCCAAUGACUUCGAUCAGGAUACCUGUUCAGUUAAAUCAUCAUCAAAUGAAAGUUUAAAUCAAAAUAAUGAAGUCAAAAGGAGUGAAAAAAAACAAGAGAAAUAUACAGAAACCAAAAGGAAAAUAUACAAAACUGGCGAAAAAAACUUCGAAUGUGAAGAAUGUCAUCAAAAAUUUACAAGAGAAUCGAAUUAUCUAUACCAUAUUAAAAAGAGUCAUAAAGGCCUGCCGCCAUGUGAAUUUUGUGGAAAAGUUUGUAAAACAAAGCAAAAAUUAAGACUUCAUCUAGAACUACAUUUGCCACCAGAAGAACGGGAAAAGCUUUUAUAUAAAUGUCCACAUUGUACCAAAAAAUUUACACAAAGUGCUAAAGUAAAAGAACAUGUUCGAGCAAUUCAUUUGCAAGAAAAGCCAUUCGUUUGUGAGCAAUGUGGCAAAAACUUUGCUUCACAGUCAAAUUUAUGUUCGCAUAAACGAACCCACGAUAAUCAAAGUCGCCUGAAAUGCAGUAUUUGUCCCAAAAUAUUUAAUAAUCCUCACAAAUUAAGGUUUCAUAUAAAACAUACACAUAACUCCAUCGGACAUCCAUGUUCAGUAUGCGGGCAAGUUUUAAAAACUCGUAAGACAUUAAGAAAUCAUAUGUUAAUUCAUUCAGAUGAUAAACCAUUCAAAUGUAAUUAUUGUGGUAAAGAUUUUAAACGCGAUAAGAACUUGCAAAUACAUAUGAUAACGCAUAGUGGAUUAAAACCAUUUGUUUGUCGAUUCUGUAGCCAAUCAUACGCAAACCGAUCUAAUUGUAAAAAACAUGAGAAACAUUCUCACCCAAAUGAAUACGAAGCAGCUGCUGCUAUCAUCAACGAUGAACCACAACAACUAAUACAGAAAAAGCUACCAAAUAUUGCUCAGUUGGAAGCAAUGCUUGAACAAUUAAAGGCAGAGCGUGAACCUCUAACAAUUAAUGAGGGUGCAUUAACCACAGUACCAUUUGAGUACCAUUUUUGUGUUUUUGGAUAUUAUUUUUCGUUAGGAUCGUUAGACAAACUUUUUUCCAUAAUGCGUAAUUCAUUUUCAAUACCUUCUUCCAGUUCUUUAAUUUUAUCUUUAAUGUCUUCAGUUAUUAUCUUUUCACUAGCAAUAAAAACUGAAGAUGGUGCUUAUAUAAAUAUAUUUUUUAAAAACAUAAUGGAAUGGAUAGAAUGGUGUCGUCUUUGUGGGAAGGAAAACGGAAAUCAAGUAGAUGUUUUUAUUAAAAAUGAAAACUUUCCAAAUAUAUCAGAAGCUAUUCAGAAAUAUUUUUCAGUCACGAUAAAUACUUACGAUGAGUUCCCAACCAAAAUUUGUUCAUCUUGCAAUGAAUAUUUAUUGAACUUAAUAACUUUUAAUGAUUCAACAAAUAAGGUUCAACAAAUGUUUCUUGAUCUCGAAUAUCUUAUGAAAUCCGGAUCCCAAAUUAAUUUCAAUGAAUUAAGGAUAAAAUAUGGCAUCGAGAAUGAUAGCUCAGUUUCCCAAGAUAAUACUCUGUUACACGAAAUUCAGAAGGAGGAAACAACUUUAGAUCAAAAGAAGAAAAAUCGAAAAAAUGCAAAAAAAUUCCUAUUUGACUCAAUUUUUAUAAAAGAUGACAGUAUUUCAGAUCAUGAGGAAGGAAUACUUUUAACAAUUUCAAAAUCUGAAGACGAUAUUAAGAGUAUUACAGAUUUGAAGGAUACAUUCGAAAUCGAUAAAGAGCUCAAAUGCGAGGAAAAUUUACACGUUGGUAAUAAUUACAAUAAGGAAGUAAAAAACAAUGACAUUAAAAAUAAUGCUGAAAAUGUGCCUCCGAUAUUAGUGCACACACGGAAAACGAAGAAGAUACAGAAUAAAAAUAUUAGGAAAAAAAACAUAUAUAAUCUAGAAAAAGAUCAAAAUCCUAAACGUGUUAAAAAAAAAUACAGAGAUGAAGAAAAAACCAUUCAAUGCGAAAUAUGUUCUAUGAAAUUUGUUAGAGAAAAUAAUUUAUCAACUCAUUUAAAAAAAUCGCAUAAAAUUAUAAAAGAACUUCCCCCUUGUGAAUACUGUGGUAAAAAAUGCAAAACAAAACAAAAAUUAAAAUUUCAUAGAGAAUUACAUCUGCCUCUUGAAGAGAGGCAAAAACUUUUGUUUAAAUGUCCAGAAUGUGGUCAAAAAUUCACUCAAAAGGGAGCUAUGAGAUCUCACAUACGUGGAACACAUUCCCAUGAACGGCCAUUUGUGUGUGAAGCAUGUGGCAAAGCAUUCUCUUCUCAAAGCAAUUUGUGGUCACAUCGUAGAAAAACUCACGAGGAAAAUAUGAUGUCUUGCGAAAUAUGUCAGAAAAUUUGUAAAAAUUCCACCAGUUUGAGGAGACAUUUGAACACCCAUAAAGAACCUUCAAUUCCAUGUUCAGUUUGUGGUAUAUUAUUAAAAACUAAGAAGACUUUGAAAAAUCAUAUGUUGGUCCAUUCGGAUGUUAAAGCAUACCAGUGCAACUAUUGUGGUAAAGAAUUCAAAAGAGACAUUACAUUACAGCUGCAUAUGUUGAUCCAUAGUGGCUUAAAACCUUAUGUGUGCAGAUUCUGCGAACAAACAUACGCCAAUCCUUCAAAUUGUAAAAAGCACGAAAAGCAUUCUCAUCCAGCUGAAUACCACGACGCUGAAGGUACAAAAGGAUCCACUCAGCCGCAGAGAGUUUUAAAAAAAUUACCAAAUAUCAAACAAUUGAAAGCUAUGUUGGAGGAUAUGAAGGCAGCAAAAGAAAAUAUGUGAAUUGUCUAAUACAUAUGUAUAUUGAACGAAUAAAGUAUUUUUUUAAUUUUGA